GAGGACCUUUUCAAGCCCGGGCCCGCCGUCAAGCGCGAGCGCAGCGGGGGCGAGCAGCUCGUCUCGUUUGAGCACGGCGGGGGCGACAAGCAGCCCGUCUCGUUUGAGCGCGGCGGCGGGGGCGAGCGCUCGUCCCAUGUGAGUGCGGCGGCGGAGGAGCGCGCCGAGGAUCCACCGGUGGCAGUUGGAGUUACGGACAUGCCCGUUUCGGAGUUCGCGCUCACGAAGCAGUACGUCGUCAAGGGGGCCCAGCCCCUCGGUCGGGUGCGCGACGCGGUCGCCCGCGUCUACACGACGAAUUUGUCUACGCAGAAUUGGUAUCGUGACUUGAAGAGGCCCACUGCGAUGGCGCUCCGCCAGCGCUUCAACGAACACGCACCGAAAAUUGAGGGAAGACAGGACAUCGACAUGUCCACCAGAUACAAGCAGCUCCAACAGUGGCUGGAUGACCUGCUGGGGCUCUACAAGUCCAUGACGGCAUGCAACGAUGCGACCAAGCCCGCCCUCCUGCACGGGGCCGCGGAAUUCUUCGAUCGCUUGGCCAAGCCUCUCGAAGCCAUGAACCUCGCCUUAGCCCCUGACCUCGCCAUUUGGAAG